AUGGGUUCAGAGGAGCUCAGACAGAACGUGUUCUCGUCCAUACUCAUGAGCACCAAACUAAAGAGCUCGCAAGUGUCGCUCACCUACCCGAGCUGCUCGUUCUGCUGCGGUGGCGGCUCGGGCGCCAAGGGCUCCCCCAAGAGAAAGUCCCUGCUCUGCCAGCUCUCCCUGUACGUGAACCCGUCCGAGAGCUUCAUGGUGUGGGGGAAGAAACAAGACGAGCCCAAGGGGAUGCUGUGGCUACGGAGCUGCUGUGUUCGGCGGGGACAGGAGGCAGGGACGGUGGAGCUAAUCUCCCGAGGUUGCCGCGGCCGCUGCUCCUACACCAUAAAGCUGUCCACGUCGUCCGUGGCGGACGAGUGGUACCGCUCUCUGCGCGCUGAGUCCCGCCGAGCCCCCACCGUCGCAGACGACGUACCCACGGACGAGGAAGACGACCGAAUGAGCGCCACAUUGGAGGCCAUUCUGACAGAGAUGACUCCCUCAGCGACCAGCGAGCGGCUGCAGGUUGACGAGGAAGGCGACAUCGUGGACGCGGGAAACGGAGGCUAUCCUCAGUUGUUGGAACCUCCACCGGCAGCCGUCCUCGUAUCCCCGGCACCCUCAAGGAAGGCCAAGACAAAGAAGCACGCCAAGAAAGUAAAGAGCUCGCCAGUACUGUGUAACCCGCUCCAGGGACUCGUGUCGAGAAAGACGAGCUGCCCCGUCUCUGUCGCUUACUCCGCGUCCAUCUACCCGCUGGACGUCACCUCGGAGGCCAACACGCCGACUCUCCCUGAACUAGAAAUGACAAGAUGGUCGUGGCCGCAGGCACUAUAG